AUCAAAAAAGUUCUGGAGUGAGGAGAACCGGAUCCUGCUGUCGGAGCUGCUGCUGAGAGGGGUCUUACCGGAGGAAUACAUACAGUAUAGAGGGAGUAAAGGAGGGCGUCCGAGAGGAGGAGGCGCAGAGGGAGGACAGGUGUGUUUUUCUGUUUCUAAGGACUGAGGACAGGCGGACAGGUGCAGAUCAAUCCGCCUCUCAAGUUUCCCUGCGAGGACUUUUUAUUCCUGGUUUUAUUUUGAAAGUGGAGUAUCCCCCCCCCCCCCCCCCCCCAGCUGCUCCGUGUGUCCUACAGGAGCGAGGUUCCCGGCGUCAGGAGAGCCACACUCCCCCCGCUUCGCCACUGCUGGUGAUGCUCCUCCGCCGCACAGCAGGGGGGCUUCAGCUGCAAUAACACCGGAUCUAUUUUCUCUCUUUCUUAUGGAAUACACACUCCAGCAAACCUGACGGAUUUUCCCAUGCGUCAUUGCGACUGAAGGACGAGCCCUCUCUCUCUGCACAUACACACACACACACACACACACACACACACACACACACACACACACACACACACACACACACACACACGCCCCGAAACAAACAUGUCCAAAACACUGAAGAAGAAGAAGCACUGGUCCUCCAAGGUGCAGGAAUGCAGCCUGUCGUGGGGGGGCGAGGGAGGGGAGGUUGGGGUGAGGGGGGGCGCGGAGAUGGGGGAGUUCCCGCACCUCGCGCACACCGUCCCGGAGGGGCUGCUCGUGCACGCGGGCAGGGCUCCGUGCGCGGGAGACGUGCUGCUGGAGGUGAACGGCACCCCAGUGAGCGGACUCACACACAGGGACACACUGGCCGUCAUCAGGCACUUCCGGGAGCCCAUCCGACUCAAGACCGUCAGACCAGGGAAGGUUCUGAACACGGACCUGCGGCACUACCUCAGCCUGCAGUUCCAGAAAGGCUCUCUGGACCACAAGCUGCAGCAGGUGAUCCGAGACAACCUGUACCUGCGCACCAUCCCCUGUACCACUCGGCAGCCCAGAGAGGGGGAGGUCCCCGGAGUGGACUACAACUUCAUCAGCGUGGGGGAGUUCAGGGAGCUGGAGGAGAGCGGCCUGCUGCUGGAGAGCGGCACCUAUGAUGGUAACUACUACGGGACCCCCAAGCCCCCGGCGGAGCCCAGCCCGGUGCAGCCGGACCUGGUGGACCAGGUUCUGUUUGACGAGGAGUUCGACACUGAGGUCCAGAGGAAACGCACAACGUCUGUCAGUAAGAUGGACAGGAAGGACAGCGCCGCUCCGGAGGAGGAGGAAGAGGAGGAGAAAACACCUAUAGUCAACGGCCUGACUGCAGAGCACCAGGACCAGGCGGCGGAGUGGCGGCGAUCAGUGCCCAGCUACAGCCAGUCCGCGGGGGGGGAUCCGAGUGCCUGGCAGCCCCAGGACGAGAGCCAGGAGGCCUUGCCCCAGAGCUGGGAGACGGCCUACACCGAGACCGGCAUGGUGUACUUCAUCGACCACAACAGUAAGACCACCACCUGGCUGGACCCCCGCCUCGCCAGGAGGGCCAAGCCUCCGGAGAAGUGCGAGGACGGAGGUGAGAAAAAGCUGCCGUACGGCUGGGAGAAGAUCGAGGACCCUCAGUACGGCACCUACUACGUGGACCACAUCAACCAGAAGACUCAGUUUGAGAAUCCGGUGCAGGAAGCCAAGAGGAAGCUGAGUGUCGACCCUCCCUCUUCAGCAACGCCGCCCGCCCCCCCACCCGCAGCAGAGGAUUCUGGGAGGUUGGCGAGGGUCUUCACUAGGGACCCCUCCCAGCUGCAGGGCUCCAUCCUGCAGACGGCGCUGAGGAAGAGUCCCAAUGGAUUCGGCUUCACCAUCAUCGGGGGGGACCGGCCCGACGAAUUCCUGCAGGUGAAGAACGUCCUGCAGGACGGGCCGGCAGCGCACGACAACAAGAUCGCCUCAGGGGACGUGAUCGUGGACAUCAACGGCUCCUGCGUCCUGGGGAAGACCCACGCGGACGUGGUGCAGAUGUUCCAGUCCAUCCCCGUAAACCAGUACGUGGAGCUGGUGCUGUGCCGGGGCUACCCCCUCCCUCAGGACUCCAGCAGCAGCGGCAGUGAGGAGGCGUCUGGGGGCCUCAAGGACCCCACCCCGUCUCCCUGCAGCUCCACACAGGACCCCCACCACACGGUCCCGGACGGGGGGACCCUCCCCAGGCAGGUGGCGGCCGUCACCCCCAUGAUUAAUGGAGGGCGGCACUCAUACCCCCCCCACCAUCAUCAUCCUCCUCCCCACCACGAGGGCCCUGACCCCACGCUGCUGCAGCCCGAGCUGCUGAGCGUCCCCCUGGUGAAGGGUCCGGGGGGGUUUGGGUUUGCCAUCGCGGACUCCCCGCUGGGCCAGAAGGUGAAGAUGAUCCUGGAUGCGCAGUGGUGCCGCGGCCUGAUGAAGGGCGACGUCAUCAAGGAGGUCAACCGGCAGAACGUGCAGACCCUCACCCACUCCCAGGUGGUGGACAUCCUGAAGGAGCUGCCGGGGGGGAGCGAGGUCAGCCUGCUGGUGCUGCGGGGGGGUCAGACAUCUCCGGUGAAAUCCCUCAAACCGUGCACGGCCCCCAUGUCGCAGCCCCUCCCUCAGCAGCCCCCCCAUCCCGCCCCUCAACAGCAGCAGCCCGCCCCACAGCGACAGGAAGUGAUCAACAACAGUGAGAUCCUGCAGGGACCCGAGGUGGCCCCCAACCCACUGCCGUUCCCCAAGCCGGACGCCUCGGAGCUGUACCUCCGGUCCAGAGCCCUGCAGGACAGCAAGCCGGCCAACACUAAGGACCUGGAUGUUUUCAUCAAGAGGAACCAGGAGUCCGGAUUCGGAUUCAGGGUCCUCGGAGGAGAGGGGCCCGACCAGCCGGUGUACAUCGGGGCCAUCGUGCCCCUCGGCGCAGCGGAGAAGGACGGCCGGCUGCGGGCCGGAGACGAGCUGCUGUGCAUCGACGGGGUCCCGGUGAAGGGGAAGUCCCACAAGCAGGUCCUGGAGCUGAUGACCAACGCAGCACGCCACGGACAGGUGAUGCUCACCGUGCGCAGGAAGCUCUCAAACACAGAUGCUGAUGAAGAGGAGCCUCUCUCCGUUAGCUCCCCUCAGACCCCCCGGAUCCAGGUCCCUGACGCCGUGCAGACCCCCCUCCCCACUGGCAGACCGGAGUGCUUCGACGUGUUCCUGCAGAGACGAGACACAGAGGGCUUUGGCUUUGUCAUCCUCACCUCCAAGAACAAGCCCCCCCCCGGAGUGAUCCCCCACAAGAUAGGCCGGAUCAUCGAGGGCAGCCCGACCGACCGGGCGGGCCGGAUGAAAGUGGGGGACCGCAUCUCCGCCGUCAACGGGCUCUCCAUCAUGGAGCUGUCGCACAACGACAUCGUGCAGCUCAUCAAGGACGCCGGCUCGCAGGUGACACUCACCGUGGUGCCGGAGGACGAUAACGCUCCUCUGUCUGGAACGAACUCGGCGAAGCAGAGUCCUUCAGCUCAGCACAGGGCAGUGGGCCAGCAGCCCCCCAACUACUCAGACAGGAACGGAGACUCGGGGACCCUCAGCUCCAAGCAGGUGAACCCCUCCCCCAGUUGUUCCCCGGCCCUCAGGGUCCUGGUCUAUGAUAAAGGUAAAGAGCCUGUGGUGUGGUGUCUCCUGCAGGGCUGCUUCGUGGUGGAGCUGGACCGCAGCCAGAGGGGCUUCGGCUUCAGCCUGCGGGGGGGCAAGGAGUACAACAUGGGGCUGUUCAUCCUGAGACUGGCGGAGGACGGGCCAGCGCUGAACGACGGUCGCAUACACGUGGGCGAUCAGAUCGUGGAGAUUAACGGCGAGGCGACGCAGGGCAUCACACACACCCGGGCCAUCGAGCUGAUCCAGGCCGGGGGCAGCAAGGUGCACCUGCUGCUGAGACCCGGACAGGGGGCCGUGCCGGACCACAGUUCAAAGGACAAAGUAGCCGCCCCCCCCCGACUCUCUGAGGGCCCGUCCUCCCCUGCCUCCCUCUCUACCUCAGAAACAUCCCCGUCUUCCCCCAAACCCCCAGAGGAGACCAGGUCCAGGAAGAGCAGCCGCGGUGACUCCAGGGCAGACCCCGAGACGGAGCGCUCCCACAGCCCCAGGAAGACAGAGCGGGGCCACAGUGGGUCACUGGAGGACAUGAGGAGGGACCGGAGGGGCCACAGGGACCACCACUCCUCCAGCCCCAGGAAGACCUCCAAGAGCCAGGAGGAGCCGCAGAGCCCCCGCCGUCCUGCAGGCCAGCAGCCGGCCCCCGGGGAGAAACACCUGGGGACCGGGACCAGGAAGAGGGCCGAGCAGGAGGGCCACAGGGGGUCGGACGGUGAGGGAACCCUCAGCCGGAGGAGGGCCAGGGAGAAGGAGGAGGGGAAGAAGGACCCCCGAGGCUCCAGCAACAGCAUCGGGGACCCCAGCUGCAAUGGGACCAGCAAGAAGACCCCAAUCACCCCGGGGCCCUGGAAGGUCCCCAGCUCCGCCAAGAUCCAGAACCAGGAGUCGAGCUAUGCCGACAUCUGAUGCUCCUCUGAGGGUCUCACCCACAGAAUGAUCUUUAAAUGAAGUGACUCCCCCGUGUUCCUGUCACCUCACCCCCCCCCCGGGCUGAACAGAGACACAUGCAGAGUUCAAGAUAAAGGGAAGGAAGUUAGGGAAGCGUUUUAGGGAAACCAGAGGUCAGGAAAGAUCUAAAUGUUUAAAUAUGUAUUAAAACUGUAGAAACGCUAGAGCUACGUCUGAGACGACGGAUCAGUCUCCAAUAAUCUCCAACAUUUUUCAGAAUGCAGUCAUCAGUAGAGUAUUAUCUUUCCUUUUAACUCCAAGUACCGGGAAAUGAUUUGAACUUUACUGUGCAUUUAUACAUAAACCCCGUUCUGCUGGGGGGGGGGGGACACUGGGUGAGUUACCAUGCAAAGAUCAUUCUGUGGGAGGUAGGAGAAACAUUUUUUGAAGCUGGACGUUAAUUAUUGAAGGAUAUUGUUGUUAUUUUUUUGCCAUCUCGGACAAAGCAGAUCACUGUAGCCAGCACCAGAGCCUCAUCACUUCUGAUUUACUUCUGCUUUUAUUCCUCACGCAGUUUGCCUCGGUCAGUCGGGAGGAUUUGUACCGUAUAUGAAGAUAUAUUUGGGGGGGGGGUUAAUCUGAAACUGCAGCGGACUGCACUGUGAGACAAACCAAAUCCACGUCUGUCCUUCUGAAGGAACGUCUCCAGCUGAGAUGCGUUCACUGUCCCUGCAGGAAGCUCCGGAGAGUGGAGCUCCUCUUCUCUCUCUGCAGCCUGGACGUCAUGCAACAGGAGAGACUUUUACUUUGAAGGAGCUUUAUAUGCACCAAUCAGCAGACCAGAUACUUGUGGUUCAACUUCUACUGUGUGUUAAUAAAAUGAAGCGUAAUGUAAUUUAUUGAGAUGUGAUGUAAACAUGCUGAGUUCGGGGGGAAUAGAUUGUGUAGAUAAUAAUCUAUGCUCCAUUUCUAGGUUUCAUACUGUCUACUGUUCGCAGCUCUGAGUUCACCUGCUCAUGUUUAGAGAUAUAACCCCAGAGACAUAUCUUAUUAUUUAACUAAGUGAAACACACCUCCAGAUCUAUUCCUGAUUUAUUUUUGUAGUGACUAUGAUCCAUAAUGUGAGGAACAGCACACGUCUGCUUAAAUGUCGACAUGAUCUAUGUUCUAAAUGCACCCAGACUCCUGAAACUGAAGGUUGUUUUACAGACAGGAGGACACGUCGUCACAAAAUGUGAAAAUCAGAAUUUAACUUUGUGAAGUUUCUCAAAUCUAAUCAGACAGGGAUUCACCUUCCAGAUGAAAAGUGUAUAUUUUUAAUUUAUUGGGAUGAGUUGUGUUUGGUGUGCAGAGACCUCUAGUGGCUUCAUCAAGUCCUGCGCCGGAGAAACUAAGGUAUUGUAGGUCUCCAUGUCUGACACCGUGGCCUUGCAUCGCUCCAACACACAUAUAUAAAUAAUGAGACAUAUCUUUUAGUUUCGACAUCAUGGUGGUUGUAAAUGUUGUACAGCACAUGUAUAAACUUGCCUCAUGCAGAAACAAUCCUCUGUAAAUGGUGUCAUUAUUUUUUUAAGGGAGCUGAGAGGAGGUCGUAUAGGGAAGGGUGGAGACGAUGAUCUGUCAUGGCGCUCGGUUCAUGCACUGACAAUAAAGGUUUACUGAAUAAA